UAUAACCACGCUACGGACUGGCAGACGGGCGGAGGCUGUGGCGUGGCGGGGUUCUUGACGGUGUUCGCCAGCGAGCUAUCUGUCUACACGCUGACCAUGAUAACGUUAGAGCGGUGGCACACCAUCACCAACGCCAUGCACAUCAACAAGAGGCUGCGGCUGAGGCAUGUGGUGAUCAUGAUGGCUGGAGGGUGGGGCUUCUCCCUAUUGGCCGCUCUGCUUCCCAUCCUGGGGGUCAGCAGCUACACUAAGGUGUCGAUCUGCCUGCCCAUGGACAUCGAGUCCCUAGCCUCGCAGGUGUAUGUUGUAGCCCUCCUCAUCCUCAACGUCGCCGCCUUCUUCAUCGUCUGCUACUGCUACGUACGUAUCUACAUGUCCAUCCACAACCCCGACCUAGCAACCCGCCACGGCGACGCCAGGAUCGCCAAGCGCAUGGCCAUCCUCAUCUUCACCGACUUCCUCUGCAUGGCACCCAUCUCCUUCUUUGCCAUCUCGGCAGGUCUCCGCAUGCCCCUCAUCACCGUCUCCCACUCCAAGAUCCUCCUCGUCCUCUUCUACCCAAUCAACUCCCUCUGUAACCCCUUCCUCUACACCAUAUUUACUCGAGCAUUUCGGAAGGAUAUAUGUCUAUUGUUGAGUCGCUGUAGUUGUUGCAAUGCCAGAGAGGAGUUCUACAGGGCACAGAACCUGGCAACACACACUAUACCGCCUAAGGAUAGGACUACAUCCCCCAGAAAGCCUCACUCUUUCAGGUUCUAUGUCUGCCACAUCAAGAUGCAGGGAUGCUUCCUCAGCAAGGGAGGUGGAGUGCGUGACUAG